UGAGGGCCGCCCAUGUCAACGGUGCAUCAAGCGUGAAAUUGGCCAUCUCUGCCACGACGAGCGACGAUCAACGCCAAAGGACAAGAAUAGCACUACGCCUCAACUGUCGCAACCGCCACAACCACAGGCUACCACUGUAUCGAACCCACCAAUAGAUGUAGCAAGAGCUGUUCCUGUAGCCCAGUUCAAUGCACCACCACCACCUGUUCCAGGUCUCAAUCCGGCCUGGCCGAGUAUGAACAUGACUCCACAGAACGCCUUCUUGUAUCAGCCAGAGACAUUAGGCAACGAGUUCUCGGUGCUUUCGUGCGUCCUUUCUUAGCUCUCGCAAUGUUCAAUCUCACGUUCGCUUGGACAAGUGAUUUCCUAGAGUCACUGGACGAAGGCUCGUUCUUUGACCAGCCGCCCCCUGGGCCUUCGCUCAUGGACAACUCGCCCUAUGCGAACCCCCUGGCUCUAGCUAUGGACAACUCAUAUCUCACUAACCCUCAGCCAGCAACAGAGCCAGCGCCGCCAGCGCCAGAGAAGCCCCCAGAGGAGCCCGCCCCCGUUGUGCUACCGGCAGCGACAAAGACCGAGCGUUUCUUCCUGACAGCAGCCGAUCAGGCCUCAGGCACACGGAAUGAACGGUUGAACAUGGUCAUUCGCAGUAAAUACGAGGCCGGGCUCCUCAAGCCGUACAACUACGUGAAGGGCUACGCGCGAUUAUCGCGAUGGAUGGACAAGAACGUCUCCCCGGAGUCAAAGCAAAAGAUUCUCCAGCCGCUGUCCAUCCUGAGACCGAAGUUCCGAGCAAUCGCCCAAUCCGAGUCCCUCACAGACAUUGACCUGGUGUUUAUCGAAGAGGCCUUUGAGCGACUGCUUCUAGACUAUGACCGAGUGUUUUCUGCCAUGGCGAUCCCUGCUUGCCUCUGGCGCCGAACAGGAGAGAUAUACAAGGCGAACCGCGAAUUUGCCGAGCUGGUCGGGGUAGACGGAUACAUGCUGCGCGACGGCCGAUUGUGCAUUUACGAACUGAUGGCAGAGGACUCCGCCGUGAAUUACUGGGAGAAAUAUGGCGCGGUCGCGUUCGACACGAACCAGAAAGCGGUGCUCACGACCUGCCAGCUGCGCUAUAAACCCAUGCUCCCGUCUUCAGGCUCCGCAACACCAGCAAACGCCCUCUCGCUCAGCACGUCGAGCAGGACCAGCGACGAGUCGGAGCCGCCCGCCAAGGAGCAAGGCUUCAUCGACUGCUGCUUCUCGUUUACUAUCCGCAGGGACCCGUACGGCAUCCCGACACUGAUCGUAGGCAAUUUCAUCAAGUGUUGAACUAGAGCGUUCUCAACAGUGCACUGAGAUCUGAGUGUUGCUGUGUUCCCACUCGUGGAUACGCCCAUCUGUGUAAUAACUCCCCCUGUUGGCUUACGCUUGGAGGCCCUACUGUGAAUACCAUCUGUGAUAUUGUAAAUACAUGACCAU